UUCCUGCUACAUAAAGGAAGGCCGUCCCUCUUGGCUCCCCACAGGGGAUCCAAACUUUGCUGAAUCCAGGGUUGCAGGGUCAGCUUAAACCAGGAGCUCCAACAUGGCCAAGUGUUCAGGAUGUGGACCAGGAUACCGCAGCCCGCUGGAGGCCAUGAAGGGACCUCGGGAGGAGAUCGUCUACCUGCCCUGCAUCUACCGCAGCACCGGCAUCCAGAAACCCGACUACCUGGCCACCGUCGACGUUAAUCCCCAGUCGCCCACCUACUGCCAGGUCAUCCACCGGCUGCCGAUGCCCAACCUGAAGGACGAGCUGCAUCACUCCGGCUGGAACGCCUGCAGCAGCUGCUUCGGCGACUCGUCCAAGACCCGAAACCGCCUGAUCCUGCCGUCCCUGAUCUCCUCCAGGAUCUACGUGAUCGACGUCGGGACCGACCCCAGAGCUCCCAAAAUCCACAAGAUAGUGGAGCCCAUCGAUGUGUACUGGAAGUGCGGCCUGGCCAACCCUCACACCAGCCACUGCCUGGGCAGCGGGCAGAUCAUGAUCAGCUGCAUGGGCGAGCCGGCAGGCGGAGGAAAAGGUGGCUUCGUUCUGCUGGACGGUGAGACCUUUGAGGUGGUCGGUAACUGGGAGCAUCCGGGUGAGGCGGCACCGUUCGGGUACGACUUCUGGUACCAGCCCCGCCACAACGUGAUGAUCAGCACCGAGUGGGGAGCGCCCAAAGCUCUGGUCCACGGCUUCAACCCCGCUGACGUCAAGGAAGGUCACUACGGCUCUUCCAUCCAUGUGUGGGACUGGACCACCCACAGGAAGCUGCAGACUCUGGACCUGGGAGAAGAUGGCGGCAUCCCUCUGGAGAUCCGCUUCCUCCACGACCCAGACGCCACUGAGGGCUAUGUGGGAUGUGCUCUCCGUGGAAGUGUCUUCAGAUUCUACAGGACUCAGAAAGGUGACUGGGCGGCAGAGAAGGUCAUCAGUGUUCCCUGUAAGAAGGUGGAGGGAUGGAUGCUGCCGGAGAUGCCAGGUCUCAUCACUGACAUCCUGAUCUCAUUGGACGAUCGUUUCCUCUACUUCAGUAACUGGCUGCACGGUGACAUCAGACAGUAUGACAUCACCGACCGCAGGAACCCCCGAUUGGUUGGCCAGUUGUUCCUAGGAGGAAGCAUCCUCAGUGACGGACCAGUCAAAGUCGUGGAGGACCCAGAAAAACAGGAGCAGCCCGCCCCACGCAUCGUCAAGGGGAAGCGUAUCCCUGGAAGUCCUCAGAUGCUGCAGCUCAGUCUGGACGGCCGGAGGCUUUAUGUGACGACGUCUCUGUUCAGCGGCUGGGACAAACAGUUCUACCCUGACAUGCUGAGAGAGGGCUCCGUCAUGUUGCAGAUCGACGUGGACUCGCACCACGGCGGCCUUUCUUUGAACGAGAACUUCCUGGUGGACUUCGGAAAGGAGCCCGACGGUCCGGCUCUGGCCCACGAGCUCCGGUACCCGGGAGGAGACUGCACCUCCGACAUCUGGAUCUGAACACGUCUGCAGCUGAAGCCGGGACCCGAUCGGACCUGCUGUGAUUCUGACCAAUAAAAUCUGUCUCCUCUCA